AUGGCUAAAUCUGGCAUGUGUAUAAUAGAGAAUAAUGAUCCUGGGCCGCAGCUAAUCAGAAGAGAAAGGUCUGGGCCAUUGAUAGUUUUAAAGGUUGGAACAUCGACUCUAACAAAUAGUAGAACUGGGAAACUUUCGGUUUCAAAUAUUGGUGCACUAGUGGAAACUAUCUGCGAUUUAAUGGAUAAGGGUUGCAGAGUUGUAUUGGUAUCUUCAGGCGCUGUAGGAGCUGGCCUACUUCAUAUGAAUAUUAGAGAAAAGCCAAAUAAGCUUCACUUGAAGCACGCAAUUGCAGCUAUUGGUCAACCAUUACUGAUGAGAGUUUAUGAAGACUUUUUUUCCAUGAGAGGCGCCAAGGUUGCUCAGCUAUUAAUGACUAGAUCAGACUUUGUAAAUAAGGAUAGAUUUAUUGAUUUUAAAAACACUUUAUUGGAUCUAAUUCAUUGGAAUGUUGUCCCCAUAAUAAAUGAGAAUGAUUCCGUAACAACUACAGACCUCCACUUUGGUGAUAAUGACACGCUUGCAGCUUAUUGUGCAAUCGCAAUAUCUGCAGAUUGGUUAAUGCUCGCUACUGACGUUGAUGCAUUAUUUACAAAAAAUCCUAGGUUUCACAAAGAUGCUGUUCCAAUAUUAAAAGUGAAUAAUAUUGAUUCAAUAAUACAUAUGGAAAAUGACGUUUCAAAUGAAAAUUAUGGCACUAGUUCUGGAACUGGGGGUAUGAGAACAAAAAUUUUUGCAGCGAGAGUUGCGGCUGCAGCAGGAAUUUCAACAUUUUUAGUAAAUGGAUCAUACCCCAACAGAUUGUUGCAACUAGUAGAUUCAAUAGAUUUCAAAAUUAAUACAGCUCAAAAUAAUAAUGCGAUAAGUUCGUAUUUUUGUUCUAAAAGUGAAGAUCAUGAUUUAGAAAGGAUCAGUAAAUGUAAUAGUCAUAACUUGAACACAGAUUAUAGCAGUAUUGAAAGUUUUACUGAUACAAAAACAUGUUUCGAACUUUCCUACUCCUCCAUUAUUGACAGCAGCUUGAUCGAAGAAACUACGGAAUCAGCCCCAGCAAAUAAUGACAUAAUAACAUGUGCUUUAGAAGAGCUAUAUCAAGGAGAGUAUAUAGGUACCAUUUUUACCAGGCAAACUUUAACGCAGUCUAUGAAAAAUCACAAAAGAUGGAUAAUGAGCUUGCCCAUUUCUGGGAAAAUAUUUCUGGAUAGAGGAGCAAUCAAAUCAGUUACUUCUGACUCAAAAUCGCUUUUUUCCGUGGGAGUUGUUAGUGUGAAAGGUAAAUUUGAAACAGGAGAUGUUGUUUCCAUUAUUUGUGAUGGAGAUAAUGAUGAAAGAGAAAUUGCAAGGUGCAUUUCAAACUUUAAUUCUGAACUACUUAAAAAAAUAAUGGGUAAAAAAACUUGUGAAAUAACUGAGUUAUUAGGAUUGGAUUCUCGAGGAAUAGUUUCUGAUAGGUCGAAUAUAAUAAAACUCUGA